AUGCUGAUAGGUCAAGAUCGAGCGGGAAAGACAAGUUUAAAGAAGUCAUUCCUUGGUCUUCCAUUUGACCCUGAAGAAAAGAGUACUGACGGAAUCGAAGUAGAUCCAUCGAAAUUCGAAGUGGACAUCGAUCAGGUGAAGAAAUGGAAACGGACUGAUGAAAAGUUUGGCUUGUCUCAAUUCGCUUCCGAUAUUGCAAAGAUGGUUGCUGAAGAACUCCAAAAGGAUGAAGACGAAGGAAUAGAAGAUGAGGGAAAAGAUGACGAAGGCAACGAAGACGAAGGAGAAGGAAAGUUGAAUCUAGCCCAGGUAUUAAAUUUUAAGACUACAGAACAGAGUCACAUAUACAGAGUUAAAGAGGCAGAAAUAGAAGUAUCUUCGUUGAAUAUCACGCACAAAUUAUUUUGCAUUGGCUUGUCAGAUUAUUCUCAUUUAAAGUACAAAUCAACUACUUAAAACUAGCAUAGCAGUUAUUCUGUUUCCUUAUUGUCUCCAACUUUCAUAUUUUCGUGUAUAACAAACGCUAACAUAUUUGUAUAUUUCAAAUACAUUGUUAGUUACUGCUGUUCACUUGAAAAUGAAACUUGGAGACAAUAUCCUUGAAUAAUGAGAGGCUCUCUCUUGUUAAGAAGAAACUUCCGGUAAAAAAAUUAGCGAAUUGUAGGCCUUAUUUUACAGCCUCACGAUAUAGCAAUAAUCUUGAGACUCAAAGGUCUCCUAAAAACGACAUUUAAUCUCGAGAAUGUUAUUAAAAAAAAAAAAAAUCCAUCGAGCGUUUUAAAAAUUAAUCGCAAAUUUGUUAAAGUAGACCAAAAUGUGUAUAAAACCGAUAAGAAGAGCGCCUCAAUAUAAACAUACUAACCAAAUCCUUCUUUCUAGCAAUCGGCUGGAGCUAUCUCCAUGAUCUUUCACAAUUGAAACUACUAUGAGGUGAAAUUGCAUGUCAAAAGCGCUUCGUUUUCUAUAGAUAACAGCCGAACAUCAAGAUUGUCCAUUUUUUACUGUAUUUCUAACCAUAAAACUUCAUUCCAAAGUAUCUCGAUAACGCUCUAACAGAUUCCGCUUAAACUUCACGAAAAUCGAGGCGGCUUUUGGAGGAAAAGGCUCCCGUGAACGAUUUUGGAAGAACAGUUCUCAGUGCCGUGAAAUAUCGCUACAAGUAAAAUAGGUAAUGGCGUCAUUUCGUUGCAAUGACAACUCCGAUUUCAAAGCAACUCUGAUGAUAACAAAUUUUCAUCUUUAUUUAAUACGAUUGUUGUAGCAGUUCUUUUUCCAAAUCUUUGUUUAUGGUGACGUAGUUUUCUGAAAUUAACGCCUUAUAUCUUUUUAUACAAGCACUCUUUUAGAAUUCCACUCACUAGAGAGAAGUGUGACGUCACGUUGCCAUAGUAGCAAAAUUUUUGGAUCACAACAAUAGGGAGCUUAAGGUGGCUCCCUAGAGUAAAUUUGCCGUGCGCAGCCUGGUCACUAGUAUGGCGCGAGCUUUAAAAUCCGCGCAACGUCCACGCAAAAAUUAAAACAAACAUGGCCUCUCAGUUUCGAAAUAUUUUCCCCAAAAAUUUUCAUUACCUUUCUGUUGAAGUUCAUUGUGGAAAAAGUUUGGUUAGUAGUUCAAACAUUUAUGAGAGGAGACAAUGUUACACCGGUUACAAGUCACAUAAGAGUAAAUUGUAUGUAAAAACAAAGCAGAAAUUUUCCAAAGACAUCAAUUCUUUCGCUUCAAAAGUACACAAACUUUAAAUAGUCGAAGUAAAUGGUGAGUGGAAACUUUACUAAGAAAACAAAGAAGUAAGCACACCUACCCAGAAGGAAGCAAUGUUGCUGUUUCUGGCCUUUGGUUCACGGUCAGUGGAAAGAUCUGAAAGAUCGAGCCAAUUCCCGAACAAACACUGAAGAUUGUCUUCACUGGCAGAGCUCGUCGGUCACUUUAUUUCUCUUACAUUUGAUUUGAUUUAAGUAAUUCUAGAAGUGGCUUUAAGACAAGAUUACAGGGAGUGUAAAUUUUUUUUCUUUUUGCCGACUCUAUCACAUUGUUUAAAAAACGUAUCAGAAAAAAGGCUUCCCACUUAACUUGCAUCCUAAUCGAAGGAACCUUUCCAUCGACGAACCAACCUCCUUGUACUUUUUCUUGUUUCAAACGUCCUUCAACGCACAUGCAAGAUGUACUAGAAAAUGUUUUUGCACAACGAGAAAGAAUAUUUUAUUAACAGAUUGACCCUUGACGAAAGCAAUAGUUGUCCGUCGAGACCUACGGUCUUGUACGUGUAGCUGAGAACAUGAUGUACGAUUUAUAGAUAGGGGCCAUCUUCUACAGCAGACUUUUAGAGAAAAACUUCGCCGUCGAAAUUACCCCUAAAGAAGAACAAGGCUGAAGAAGUAUUCGGAAAUGGGCUGACCUUUGAAGAUCUGCAAACAGUGUACAGCAGAUAAGGAAAUGAAGGACUUAUUGCGAUCCUUGCAAAAACACCGUCUUCAUCUCCGACGAUCGCUAUCCUCACGAGUGACCACCACGGUUCGAAUUUUUAAUGGCUACAAUAGUGAAGUACUUCGAAGAAAACGUCCUGUGUUAGGUAUAAAAUUGAAUCCGGUAUCUCUCCUUUUUCAACUGGCAAGAUACCACCGUAAUAAUACUAAUAAACGGCUUCAAAACAAUGGUGUUCGUACUCUUUAACGAAACCACAUGUUUUCAGUAGCUUUGUGCAUUAUGCGCAUGCGCGCGUGAUGGCUCUCGCGCGUAUUUUGCUCAUACGAUCCCGAACUACGCUUGUUUUUCGAUUUUUGUGACGUCAACGUAAUUAAUUGACCGUGAAUUUCUCGCGUUUCCUUCGGUAUUUUUUUUAAAUCGCCUCAUUUCUUAACAGUCGCAGUACCUUUGUACUGUCCUUUUUUUGUUAAAAUCUGUAAGAGCUAAAUUCCUCCAGUACAAAAAAAAAAAUUUCAAAAUAUUGGCAAAACCGUCUUAACGACCCCAUGUUUUUUUCCACUUUAAAAUGCCAAGCAAUAUCGUUAAUAUAAAGUGGCAAAGUUUUAAGACAUUUCACCGAGGGAAAUAAGAAAUAUUGAGAAAAAAUGAUCAAAAAUGACAAAAUUACUGCCUGUCUAAGGAUGCGAUGUUGCCAUGGCAACGGCCUUAAUCCAGAAAAUGAAACUUGAUAAAGGAGCUUCCUUAUAUGGGUAAACUUAGCGGUGAAUCUCGUGAACAAAAUCGCAAAGACAAAGUAACUAGAUUUCGUUCUUUAACGUAUGCUACAUAGCUAGGGUUAUUAGUAAAUACUCCAGGGAGCCACCUUAAGCAACGACGGCGGCAACGCCAACAAGAACGGCGAAAAGAAAUAGUUUUAUUUUAACAAAACAACGAGUUUGCACGUCCAUGACACUUUUUGGUACAUUUCUUAGCUGGUGUUGAAAGUUUUGUUUUUCAUUAGCGGGUAAGCUGCAGGGAAACUUGAUUAUGUAAGCCUGUAAAAUGCAAAUAUCUCUAGAACAACUACCCUAUGAUUGUCAUUUGCAGUUUUCGGAGGGCUUAGAAUUUUCUCUUGUGUGUUUUGAUAGAACUUUUUAAGGGGAUAUUUAAUUAAAGUUACACUUGACCGGCUCAUUUGCUUUGCGAAAACAUGUAAAUAUAUUUUCGCCUGUAUAGUAUACAACUCUCCCAAUCUGAGGAUCAAAACUGAGAAAACAAGAACAAGCUCUCUUCUUAUUUCAAGAGGAAGCUUAAUAACGAUCGAAUAAAUUAAGGAAGCAAUUUUUGUGAUAAAAGUGCUGUUUUGAUUGUCGAAGAAACGGGUAAAUAAAGCAAAAUGAUUAUAUGCAGUUUUAGGAUCGAAACUAUAUUUCUAAACAUGUUAACUAGCUAUUGACUGUUGGAUUGUAAAUGAUGCUUUGAAUAAUUUUGGUUUUGCCUGCUAAUUAAAUUAACAUUUCAGUCAACUUCUGUCCUUCGUUUAAACAAUAUUUUAGCCUGUUUUUGUUUUCUAUUCCAAACUCAAUAAUAUGCAGUUCGAAAUAAUAUUCAAUCAAUUCGAAACUUUAAUUGUCCAUUACUGUUAAGAUCCCCCUAAACCCAACAAGGGGGACCGUAUAAGUCAGUUUUGCAAUGUAAAACUGAGUCCAGGUUUCAUUAUAACAGAAUACUUUUAGCUCGAUGGGAGAGUCUAUUCAGUUCAGAUGUGUGUGUGGGAUAUUCUAUUCUUAAUCAAAUGAAAUCCUUCCUCAAAUAAUAAAUUAAAGGCUCCAAAUGUUAAGUAAUAAAAGGGAGCUUUGCGUUUAGCCCUAGCUAAAUCCAUAUAUCAAUAUAUAUUGUAAUGUCGUCCGUCAAAAUCCAGUUGAGAAGGUGGUUCCCUGUGCAGAUAGAUAAGUGAGGACUGUGGAAGUAAGGGCGAAAGUAGCAACGCUUAAAUGGCCCGUGACCAAUGAGUUGUAACUUCAUUUUGAGUUUUCCAAGAAAUCGCCAGUAAUUAAGGACACAAAGUCUGAUUAUUUUGUUGUAGUAGUUAUGAACCCCCUAUAUCAAAGCUGAAAGUUCGAAUUCAUGAUUGGGGGCGGAGUGUUCACUAAAUGGGAGCCGCGUCUUCAGGAAAUUUACUUUAUCCAUUUUGAACUGUAGCCUCAAAGCGAUCAUUUCUUUUAAAUUUGUUUCUUGCAGCGAAUUCUAUUGUACUGACCUGUACCGUGUGUAGAAGUGAAGAAAGGUCGGGAGAUAAUAAGAUUCGACGUAAUAAGUUCACUUAGAAUUUGUACACGGAGCCUGGUGUCCUCUUGUAAAAGGACUGACAACCACACUAGUCAAACUUUAUAUGUUAAUGCCACACUUCCGCCGUUAUUAAAGUCUGGUCCCUGACCCUUAUGUAACUUGAUUUAAGUCCCCAAAUUUUCGACUAACAGUAUCUUUAAGAUCAUUAGGUUUCCAUAUGCGGUUUUUACAUUUAAGGAUAAAAAGCAACGCUAUUAAUAUACGACGUUUCGGCGACGACAUGUCACCAUUAUGAAUACAAAUGAAAGAGACUAUGAACCGAUAUAUACAGAAAAGAAAGUGUCAAACACAACAUUAAAUUUGAAGAACAAAGGAAUAAAAUAAUUAAGUGAACAGUUUUGCUGGAGUAGAGUCGGUUUGAGUGUUCAAGGAUGGUUCUUUUCCUCAAUUAACAACAUCUCAUAAAUGAGGCACUCAAACUUUCCUCUGCAUUUCUGAAGGAUCUUAAAACGUUCUUGGAGAUUAGUUGGCUGUUAUUGGUGUUUUUCUUUUUCGGAGUAUCUGUGCUUGUCAAUGCGUAGAUGGAGGUGGCGGCUUGUGUAUCCAAUAUAAUUCGCAUCAUACGAAUUACAUUUAACGUAAAUAUGAAGAAUAACGAUUUACUAGUAGUGUAAGUUUAGAAUGGUCUCUUUAUAAAAAUCAUUUGAUAAAUGUAAAGAAACUGUUAUCCCAGUUUAAGCUGCGUAAAGAAAAGCCUGAAUUUGAAAGCCUGGAAAAAUUCACUCUUGCGUGCACUUGAACCCAGACCUCCGUGAUACAGAUGCAGCACUCUAACCAAUAGACCCUAUUCACGGCACCCGCUAUCUUUGCACGCGCGUUAAGGACUGAAGGGAUAAAAGCAAUGUCACGUGAUUUCUCAGGGCGCAAAUAAGUGAAAAAAAUUGUCAAUGGAAGAAGUCACUGUUGAGUUUGUUUAUUAUAGACAACAGGAAAUGAAGACCUUUUCAUCUUAAAAACGAUAAUGUCAGAGUAUGGGUGGAAGUGAUCAUUGUUACUUUUUUGUAUGCAAGAUCGACCGUAGAUGAUAAUAAUAAUAAUAAUUUAUAUAGCGCUAUUCAGCUACACUUUCAUAGCGCUUUACAAUGAUUAUGUUAAUCAUUAGAACUUAAAAAGCUAAAAAAUAAAAUAAAAUACCCAGAUAAAUUAGUUACAACUCUUAAAAGUAUAUAUACAUUGUACAAGAAAUGAAAGUUAAAAAUCUAAAAUCUAAAAAUACUAACUUGAAGAUAAAAUUACAGAUAAUAAAAGAAAAAACGUGUAUUGAGAAUAGAAGUUAAAAAUCAUAGGCUUCUUUAAAAAGAUAAGUCUUCAAAUAUCUUUUAAAAAUAGCGAUUGAUGGAGAUUUACGAAUGUUAAGAGGCAAGUUAUUCCGUUGCCUUGGCGCAGCAAUGCUGAACGCCCGAUCUCCAUAAGUCUUUUUUAAUUUAGCCAGUGGCACAGUGAGCAGUUCUUGCCCGCUGGAGCGUAAAGACCGACAGCACCUACGUUGGCUCAGGAGACUAGAAAUAUAACGACAAGUUCAGUUUUGUCUUGAUUAAGUUUCGAUAGGUUUUUACACAUCCAAAGGUCUAUUUCUUCAACACAGCGCCAACGCGCAACUUUGCCUCAUCAAGAUCAGCACAACAAUCAGUAUUGAAGGAAAUAUAUUGUUGCGUGUCAUCAGCGUACAGAUGGUAUAGUAAGUCAUGCUUUUUGAUGAUAUCAGCAAUCGGCGCAGCAUAGACAAUGUACAGCAGUGGGCACCCCACACAACAACGGUCGCUUUGAUGACAUACCCUCUUCUACCUUAACAAAUUAUUGCCGGGAGGUUAAGUAGGACUUAAACCAGGCCAAUACAGUGGCUUCCCCCCAAAACGGUGCGAGAGUCGAGAUAUUUGUAUUGCAUAAUCCACCGUGUCAAAUGCUGCAGAAAGGUCUAAUAAAAGUAACAUGACCGACUUGUUUUGAUCCAAAGAACACAAGAUGUCUUUUUGUACUCUAAGUAGUGCUGUUUCGGUUGAGUGAAAUUCUUUGCAUGUUGCCUGAAACGUAUCGUUAAGAUGGUUGGUCAUAACAUGUUUCGUCAGUUGAACUGCAACAGACUUUUCAACCAGCUUAGAAAUAAACUUUAAAUUUGAGAUUGGCCGAAAGUUUGGCCGAAAGAUGUGUUUAUGGCAAACAGUAUGUAAUGACGUAAAUCUUGCUAAAAACUCUGUAUGUACAUUUUGCUUGACUAUGAAAUCGUCGUCUCGUUUUGAUAGAAUAAACAAAAUCGACCGCGAUUACUCGUAUUGGCAUAUUUUAUCACUUGUUUGCCUCCUGAACUAUCACGUGACAUAGCUUUUAUCCCAUCGAUCCUAGAGCGCGUGCAAAGAUGGCGGGUAUCGUGAAUAAGGUCUAUUGAGUUAGUAAGCCAACUGGGAGCUACUCAUUAAGUCUAUUGGUACGUAAUGAGCCGGGAAAGAUGAAGAUGUACUGAUAAAUAUGUUGUAGUUCAUUUUUAUCGCAGUUAAUUUUUAUUUUUCCAUUGUUUUUGGGUAUGGUGACGAAUGCUAAUGAAUUUGAAACAAAAGAAAUAUAAAAACUAACUCAAAUAAAAAAUUAACUGCAACAAAUAUAUUUGUUACGCGGUUCAAAUAUAUGAAAUAAAUAUAUUCAAAGAAUUUUUGACGCUUUCUUUUCGUAACUGCAUUUAACGGCGAUGAAAUUGCUAUUUAUUUCUUGAUUUCACUGUUAGAAUAUAUGAAAUUUAUAUAUUUAUUAUGACUAAAAAAAUCAUUUGGUUGAUUCAUCAUCCUUACUGCCUGAUCUUCUAGUAUGGUGACGCUCUUGGAGAACUUCAUGAAGAAGAAGCAUCCGUGGUUAAUUCUCAAACUAGUCAGGUCAGUUGGAAUUCUUUUAUAUUUCAGUUGUAUUUGAAUUACCUGAAACACAAUUAAAUGGUUGUUCAAAUAAUCUCUCAGAGGAAAAAUAAUCAUCAUCAUAAUAAUAAUAUUAGUUUAUUUGAGAAUAAACCAUGAAAAUCCUGUAGACAUAUUAAAUUCUGCAAACAGAAUACUGCAAUGCUCAUCGUACUACGUGAAAAUUAACUUUGCAAUACAUCAACACCACACUGAAAGAAUGCAAAACAGAGCAGGAUUGUAGCCAUAGACAGCUGUUUCGCUAUUAUUGUAGCUCAUCAGUAUAGCGUAACAAACAGAGAGAGGGGCUCUGCUAAAAGAUAAUCCGCACACUCUGAUUUAAGCCUUAACCUAGAACUACCAACACCCACAGAAUCGCGCCAUAUCACGUGAUCCUGGAGGGAAAAGUCCAAGUGUCAAGUUAUUGUCUCGCAAAGAAAAUGUUGCAAAACCAACCUAACUUACAAUUAAUUUGACAAUUGACAACUCCUUUCGAUUUAAAAAAAACUUAGUUUUGAUAAGAAAAAAUUUAUUUCAUUCAAAAGAAAUUAUUCGAAUUAAAAAAACAUUUCAUUUCAAUUAAAUUUUAAAAGAAAAAUCAACGAUAAAAAAUUAAGUAACACGACGUUUCGACGACUCCGUAUCAUCAUUAUCAAAUGCAAAGAAAAUUAGCAUGAAUUGGUGAUAUAUAUAUAUAUAUAUAUAUAUAUAUAUAUAUAUAGAAAAAAGAAAGUGUCAGGAAUAUGUUGAGUUAAAUUGAGGUGCGAAAAUGGAGCAAACUAGCAAUUAAAUAAAAAGUUUCGCCCGGAUGGAGUCCGCUUGAGUGUUUUUAAAUGUAGGUAUUUUGUUCCUGAUGAUAAGCAUUUCGAAGAUCAAACACUCAAGCUUCCCUCGGCAUUUCUUGAGGACCUUAAAGUUUGUGUUAAGAUUCAUCCGUUUUAAGUUGUGUUUUUCCAAGAAAUGCUUGCCAAUCGGUGAGGGUAAAGGGCGGAAUGAGUUUGCGGAAUGGCAUGUGGCAUGGCUUGCGGAAUGACAUAAUUAUGCGGAAUGUAAAAUCUGGAAAUUGGCGCAAAGAAAUAAAUUAAACUGAAAGGCAUGCGCGCGUCAUUGCCGCGCCUUUUUUGGCGCCAAUUUGAGUGAGCAACUGCUUUACUGGUUCACGCAUUUAGACAUUUAUCUAAAACAUACCUGAGAAUUGGCUAAGGUUCUUGAAGGCAGUCUCCAAAAGAAAACAUUGAAGUCCGGUAAAUAUAGUGAGGCGUGACCAAAAUAACUUAGUUCCCUCGAUUGUAAAGUAACAAGACGAAAUAUCUUCUUUUUCCGUUAUCCUUAGCGAAACCCUUAUUUUUCGAUAGAAAGUGAGUACCAGAAUACUUGUGCCUUUGAUUUUUUGCUUCUUCAAAAUACUGUCGGCACCGAAAAUGUUUAAUACUCCUUCGAUCAAGAAUUAAGUUCCGUUACUACCUUGAUUUCGUGACUGUCAUUUUGACAGCUCCGUCUCUUCAAACGUGCGUUGUGCCACGUGCAGUCACGGAACAGACUGUCACGCAGAGUCGCCGGCAGGUAAAGUUCAGUGUUUCAAAAUGGCUAAAAUUGACCCAGUUUCACCUUUUUAUCUUAUUUUUUGAUUGAAAAAAGCAAUUUUGCAAAGGGAAAACCUACAAGACGUACGAAAAAUGAGCCUUUCGGCUAUAAAUAUCUAUGUGCGUUUCGAUUUACACAACACACAAUACAGACAAUUACCGCCAGCCUACCAUGUAAAUUCCUGAACUUCGAUGGUGUCUCACAGAGAUUUCCUUCACUCCCAGGUAUGUUUUAAAUGAAUGUCUAAAUGUGUGAUUUAAAUAGCAAGAAGGGAAUUUGGAGUUAUACCACAUGUUAAAUAUUGCCGUCGAAAAUGAGUAACGAACUUAAAUUUUUGUUAUCCUGAAAACCUAUCCCUCAUUUUUAAAAUUAUUUCAGUACGACCAGCUUUCCUAUUGUCCAGAAAGUAUCUUCUAGUGGAAGGAAAAGAAUUUUUCUGUUCGUGGAAAGUGUCCAAAUUUCUCCAUCCAGCUUCGUUUGCGAACGCGAGGAAAGUUGAUGUUUGUUUAUAGCGAAUUUCAGGUUAAAAAUUAAUGCAGUCCGAUACUCCGACAUCGAAAACCGAUCUUCUAUUUUUCUCACGAAUAAAAGGCUUUCGGCGGGGACAAUCUACGUUAGGUUUCUUAUAUACCUAAAAGCUAUCUAUGAACAAAAAUGAAAAAAAUUGAUUUUUCAAAUCUUGCCACGAAAUUAACAUUUUGGUCGAUUUUUCUGUUUCGCACGUCUCAAGCUCGCAACUGAGGAAUUCGAUUCAUCUCUGAAUAUUAUCAAUGAUGUCACGAUCACGUAACCCACAGUCUCAUAAACAAACUUCUCACACGGUUUCGAAUACAAAUAUAGGUAACAAGGAACUGUUAAGUUAAUCGUACAAACAUCUUUUGCAGAAAAAAAUAAAGUAGAAGGGAGCGUGACCUGUGCGGAAAAGGCUGGUCGACAAUGAGCCUUCCUGGUUUUUUUUUUUUUAUUGUCAUCGUAUGUAAAGCCCGCGACAUUAAAACAGCGGCUGCGUUUGCAAAUUGAUUGGCGCCAAAAAAGGGCGCUCUUUUCAGUUUAAUUUAUUUCUUUGGAUCAUUCAGCUGCGUGUAUUAAAUUCCGCAUAAUUAUGUCAUUCCGUAAGCCAUGCCACAUGCCAUUCCGCAAACUCAUUCCGUCCUUUACCCUCACCGCUUGCCAAUAACGGAACGUUUGUGUUCCUCUACACGCGGAUGGACAAGUGACUGCACGUGUAACCGAUCACAUUUGAAUUCGUAAGCAACAUUCUGCUGUUUCACUAGCGUAGGCUUUAAUUCCGUUUCUCGAUUUUUUUGCUUGUAAAGAUUGGCUACAAAGGAUGAUUGAUCUUCCUUCAGAGGUCGCCCAACUGUCUCCAUCCUUACAGGGCAAGGUAAUCCGAAGGCGGUUGUCAGUGGGCGUGUGGUUCAGGUCUCGGGGGUGUUUGGCUCUGUUAAUGGCCGUUUCAAUGAGCUUCUUGAGAUAUUUUAAUUUCAAUAAUAUCCCUUUCAAGGUUUUACAUUCCUGCAAGAAAAAAUCUUGCGUAGACGACAAUCGUUUCGCACGCUUUAGCAUAGUUUUUAAGAGCGAUCGUUUAAAUGUGCCGUCCACGUGACUUUGAAAGUGCAGGAGAAGAUCUUUGUUUGCGUUUUUUCUAAAGACGCAGGUUUCAAGAUGCUGACCAGUGUUGAAAAAAAAUUUUUCAAUUUUUUUAAACUGUUUUUUUGCAAAUUUUUCAGCUUCAGCCCAAGAGGGAAGCCUCUUCUUCCUCUCUGGGAGAUCGGCUCGAAAAAAGAUCCAUAAUUUCCCCAUCAAAUCGAGCCAUUUGUGCCGGACUUCGAGGCACUUCUGGCUUAGCCUGCAGUGCAGGCGUAUUUUUGGUGGGCAAAACCUUGUUCGUGUUCGUAAUAUUGUUGUAGCCGCCAUCUUUGAUUUUAUGACAGUGGAAGAUUAGGGAGAGUAGAAAUAGUAACCCUUACGGUAGGCGCGAGGGCGAAAGAAGGAAAGGGGGGAGGGGGAGGAGAGAGAAAAAAAUUUUUUCUCUUCUCUCUCCCGCCCCCUCCCCGCUCCCUUUGACUCGCCCCAUCUCCUCCUCUCUUCGGGAAGUUUCAACAUGGCGCUUUCGCGAGCAAAUUGCGCGUUCAAAGAAAACGCCUGCACUGGAGGCUACGUCUGGCUUUCGUCCAGUGCCUGUGACCGCCGUUGCGCUUACCAACUAAUUUGCAUUAUGACAGUUAGCACUUACACGACGGGUGCCAGGACUCACUUUUUGACAUUGCAAGACCCUAGUUGACGUGUCAUUUCCGCCCUUCCACCCGUCGUGUAAGUGCUAAUUGUCAUAAUGCAAAUUAGUUGGUAAGCGCAACAGUGGUCACAGGUACUGGACGAAAGCCAUAUGAGCCUCGAAGUCCGGCGCAAAUGGCUCGAUUUGAUGGGGAAAUUAUGGAUCUUCUUUCGAGCCGAUCUCCCAGAGAGGAAGAAGAGGUUUCCGUUUUGGGUUGGAGCUGAAAAACUUGCAGCGGAUUUGAAUUUCGGCGAAAAAAAACCGCCAUUCUCGUUGCAACUGGUCCAGGACCCUGCCACAUCGAAGUGACCAGCCUUCACUUCGUUCUAUGAAAGGAGUAACAGUGGUUACGCAAAAAGCGAAAAAAACCAGUAAAACGACAAACAGACACCAAAAUGCAGUGGAAUGCAGUGUUGACUGUAAUGACCAAAUAGAAAAGAUUCCGCAGAACUAGUUCAAAUUAAAAUCUCGAAGAUUUUUUGGAGAUUGUGACUAAAGUGGUAAGCCAAUGUUCCCUAAUGUACCUAUCCACAUCAGCGUUACUGGUUUUGGUUGUGGGGUGGGUCACUAGUUGUUUCUGAGCCACUCCAGGGGUGGGCCGCCCAAUUUUGUCAAAUAACUCGCGGGUUGGCCACUGAAAACUAGUACUUAAAAAAAAAAUUUCAUAGCCCACCCCUCCCCCCCACCCGUACUUUAUGAUCGGUCCCUAAGUCUUUUUUAUUCAUUUCAUUCCAGAAAAAGUAAGGUUUAGCGUUCUUUAGCGUUCGUAGAUCUCAGUAAUAUAUUUCUCAUACAAAGUCUUUUAUAUUUUCAACGGUCGCCAGUAACGCGACACCGGCGCGUCACCUAUGGUAUGUAAAUACAUUGCACCCUUCCCUCGUAACGUGAGUUUGCGCCGCCUUUGUUGCCGCUAGAACAUGGAUGGUUUCAUCUAACGGUACAUUUGUGAAUAGCGCUGUGACGUCAUACGAGACAAGUAAAUUAUAAUCGUCGAGUUCGAAGUGCUGAAUAUCCUUAGUAAACUCGAAGACAUCCGUGACUGUAUACUCAUUAAGUGAUAGAGGUUUCAAUUUCUCAUCUAGCCAUUUAGCUAGGGCGUAAUUGUAUGUUCCAGUUGCAGAUAGGAUCAGUCUCAUCGCAAGGCGUUCUUUGUGUGUCGUGGAAAGGCCAUAUAGGUGGACUAGUCGUGAACCCUUCUGGCAAACGAAGUCAGCUAUUUCUUUCGGAAGAAUUCUCCGAACGGCAGAUUCUAGAUGUUUUUCUUUCUUAAAGAGCGAGUGGUAAUACUUUGGUGGUCUACCUCUCGUGCUUGGUCUCCGCUGGUCAACUUUCCUGAAUUUUGUCUGGUCGUUGAUGGAUGCCUCACAUAGCAACCGAGUGUAUUCAUUAAACUAUUCGAAUUUAAUGGUAACCUCUAUGAACAGAUCGACGGUGUCGCAAUGGGAUCGCCAUUGGGCCCGCUCAUGGCAAACGCGUUCAUGUCUUCGAUUGAAGAGAAUCUCGCGCGUGAGAACAAGCUUCCGAGUUUCUUUAGAGACAGUUGCAUGCAGUUGUGCGACCUCGGAAGGAAGAUCAAUCAUCCUUUGCCGCCAAUCUUUACGAGCAAAAAGUUCAUCAAUUAUCUACGAGAAACGGAAUUAAAGCCUACGCUAGUGAACCAGCAGAAUGUUGCUUAUGAAUUCAAAUGUGAUUUGUGCGAUGCAAAUUAUAUCGGUUACACGUGCCGUCACUUGUCCAUCAGCGUGUAGAGGAACACAAACACUCCGUUAUUGGCAAGCAUUUCUUGGAAAAACACAACUUAAAACGGAUGAAUCUUAACACAAACUUUAAGGUCCUCAAGAAAUGCCGAGGGAAGCUUGAGUGUUUGAUCUUCGAAAUGCUUAUCAUCAGGAACAAAAUACCUACAUUUAAAAACACUCAAGCGGACUCCAUCCGGGCGAAACGUUUUAUUUAAUUGUUAGAUUGCUCCAUUUUCGCACCUCAAUUUAACUCAACAUAUUCCUGACACUUUCUUUUUUCUGUAUAUAUAUAUAUAUCACCAAUUCAUGCUAAUUUUCUUUGCAUUUGGUAAUGAUGAUACGGAGUCGUCGAAACGUCGUGCUACUUAAUUUUUUAUCGCUGAUUUUUCUUUUAAAAUGUUUGUCGAAAUCGAUCGUUAUCAGAAAUUUAAAUUAAAACCAUUCAUUUCGCCAGUUUAAAGGGUAAACGCAUUCUUACUGAGAAAAUUACUAAAAGAAGAAGAAAGUAAAAUAGCGUUCUCAAUGCCUUAAUGAAUAUUUGCUUACCUUUUUCAAUAUCUAAGUCAAUGUCCGACAGUUCUAAAUUGACUCUCCUAAAAACUCGCGAACCUGUUAAGCAAAGUAGGGCUGAUCUCAGUAGUGCAAAGGACAUUCUUGCCAUUGGAUGUAAUAAUGAUCGCCUUUUUGUGGUUAAGUAUUAGAAAUAUGGUCUUUCACUGUAUAUUUCUGGGAAAAAAGCGAUCAUCAUUACAUCAAAACACGGCACAAGGAUCUUUUUUACCAUUACAAUCUUAUUCUAAAAAAACUUUGAGAAAAAAUGACCCGAAAAGUGCUCGAAAAUACAAACGAAAUGUGCUCAUGCCCCCCUGGGCAUCCUAUAAUACUCCUUAAAUCGAAUUAAUUCAAUAUGGCCGCCGUCACUGCCCCCAGGAUCGUUACUCGGAGUUGUAAACUUUGUGAACACAUUAUCCAUUUGACCUUCACCGGCUUUCUGUUAGUUAUCAUGCUCUUUUAAAACUUCUUUUGUCAGUUUUCAAAUCACUUAAUAACCUUUCACCUAGCUAUCUAGCCGGGACAGACUUAGUUAUAAAAGGCACUCCAGGAACUUGUGGUCUGCAUCUCAGCAGCUGUUAGAACAACCUCAAAAAAUCACGGGGACAAGGCUUUUUCGGAGUGCGCCCCUAAACUGUGGAACUCACUACCAUUAGCUAGAUUUGCGCAAUUUACCAUCUUUAGCAAGAAAGGACUGAGAACAUAUCUUUUUACGCAAUUUUUAGAGAGUAAUAUUUUUGUAAAACGUCUUCAAUAUCAUAUACCUAAACUUAUAGAAUGUAUAUUCAGUUUUUUCCUUGACUUAUUAUCAUCAUAUACAAACUUUAAUGGCAAAAUAAUGUUAAAACAUUUGAAUUUUCGUUCCCUUCUAUUGUUCUUUGUGAAUUGCAAAUAGAUUUUAAUAUAUGUUAUUUCAUGCUCGAGAUAUAUCUAUUUUUUCCUCUUUAACAUUGUAAAGCACCAUGCGCUUAGGAUAUGAGCGCUAUAAAAAGAAGCCAUUUUGUUCUAUUAUUAAUUUUAACCAGUACAAAAGUAAACUCUGUAUAGUCAUUCAUAAUGGGCACGAAAUGUGAGGAGAAAAUGUGGCUUUCGAUAACAAAUUUAUCACCAAGAAGAGCUUAAAACUUCACUUAAAACUGUCGUGAUUCAAAUCGUACACAAUUCCCCCCCAAAACGGCAAUAUAUUCUAGCAGAUACUUACAGUCCAUGAAAAGACACCUUCAAGCCGCCAUCUUGAAAUGCCAUUUGGGACUGAAUACGCGUCUGAAAACAUCGUCCUUGGAUUUUCCAUUUAGUUGACUUCUUUUUGUCAUUGGUUUUAAUAAUAAGAUAAUACAAUUUCUUUUUUUCAUUUUCAUGUUUCAUUAAUAUAGUGGCAAAAAACAAGGAAUUGAUAUUCUUAGCACAGGGAACCUACCAUGGUAUAUCAUUAUUGCUGUAUCAUUAAGCUGACUUGUUUUAGUCAUCGGUUUGAACAAUCAUAGUAUUAACAAAGUUUCUUUUUCCAUCUACUUGCCUUUUUAUGUGAUUUUCAUCAAAAAAUGGCAAAAAAUAAGGGAUUGCAAUUUUCAGCGCAGGGCACCCAUCAUGGAAGGUUGUUAAAGAACUUCAGCGAGCGGUUGCUGCAAAUCCUGAAGAAAAAUCCUGGGUACCGAUCCUAAUAUUGACUAACAUGCCCUAAGCUACAACCAUGCAAAGUUUGGUGGUUUUUCCGCUCUGUAUAGAUCUCGCUAAAAUUUUGCACUAAGCCACCGGGUCAGAAUUCCAGGUUCAACUCCGACGCUUUCGGUUAUAUGUAGAAAAUGCAGUCACGCGAAACAAGCCGUGCGCACAAAAUCAAGUCUCCUCUGAACGAGUGAAGAAAAUUUCCAUACGGAGUUGAGUGGAAUUACAUUUUACGACCAUAUCAUAUAUCCUAAGCUUUAAUGAUAGUUACAGAUAUGAAAGAAAUCUUAUCCGGAUAAUGUACACAGCUACUUCACCGAUUCUGUACAGCAAAGAAAAAACUGUCCGGAUACAGGGCACGUGACAUCAAUAGUUAGUGAAUGUUCUGGCCUCCGUUAUUCCAAGCAAAUCCAAUUUCAAGAAGAAUUAAUAAACUUUCUGAGAACCUGACUUCUUUAAGUAUCUUCCCUUUAAAUAUAAAACAGUUUCUUUGAGAAUAUCACAUAUUACCUACCCUUUUCUGAGCAGCACUAAUUUUACUGCGCAGUAAACAGCGUAAAUAUUAGCCUUGUAAAGUUUACUCACCUGAACAGAACGGCGUCUUCUGCCACUUUUUUGCAAGCUUUAAACUCGCCAAAACGUUUAUCUUAAAGCCGAAAUGUUCAGCUUUCAUUCGAAAACGCUCGAAAAACUUCGUUUACCGAGAACUGAAAAGGGCGCCUCAAAAAUGAAUUUUUUGUUUUAAGUGUCCGGAUACAGGGCAACAUACUGUAUCAAUAUUUAAUAUCUUUUCACUACAAAUUCCUCUUUAAAAUCUGCCACGAUUUCAACAUGAACCAACAACGAUAAGAAUAUUAAAUAGUAGUGAUAAUUGAAUAUGCAAUAUUCAAUAUCUCAGUUCUCUAAAUAAUAAUAAUAAUAAAUAUAAUAAACCUGAAGGUUUUUGCUGCCUCCGAGAGCAAGCUGAACCGGGUGCUGAAGGAGACUAGAGGAGCGAUGCAGGACAUCGGCCUCCACUGGAAUCAGAAGAAGUGCUCAGUGGUACACGUGAAGAGGGGAGCCCAAGUGAUAGACGAGUCUGGUAUGAGGAUGGACCAGACAACUACCAUCACGGCUCCUGGGGAGGAAAACACUACAAAUUCCUGGGGGUGCUAGAGAACGUUCGACAGGAUGAACGGCUGGCCCUAGCGUGUGCGACUAAAGAGUAUCUACGCAGGAUAUCUAUUAUAUGGUCCAGCCCCCUGUCUGAUUGUAAGCGUGUACAGGCAACUAAUCCGUAUGCACUACGGGUCCUGCCUUACUUAAUGUGGACACAGCAUUGGCCUCUAUCAGAGUUAAGAGAUGUAGACAGAGCAGCUCGGAAGAUCAUAGUUGAGAACGGGGGCAAGCAUCCAGCUAGCCUAACUUCUUUGUUAUAUCUACCGAGGGAGAAAGGGGGUAGAGGCCUGCGAUCAGUCGAACACAAGUACAAGAUCACUAAAAUCAAAUAGCAACUGAAAUUGUAUCAGAAUUCAGACCAGACUGGGGAAGCAGCUACGUACGCUGAAGAACUCAACAUCACACUUCAGCUUGAUACCCUAAAUCCCGUGCGUGUUAAAACAGAAGAAAAGGUGGUGACUGCAGCAAGAGCGUGGAAUCUGUUGAAGCAACCUCAAGAGAAGCAGUUCUUGGAGAUCGCUAAAGACAAAAAGUGGCAAGGAACGUUAUUCCGUAUCGGAUGGGAAGAUGAGAGCCUAAGCAUAACCACCUGCUCUGCAUGGUUAAAAGGUUGGGCUACAUGCCCUACAUAUACCAUCUCGGGCAUGUAUGAACUGUGCAUGUAUGAGCAGUUGUUACCUACGAAGCUCUACACAAAGGAGAAGACGCAAACCUCCACCGACGGCGAAGUCCUAUGCAGGUUACGUGGGAAGGUAGCAGAGAGCGUUGCACAUGUAUUGGCUGGAUGUUCCUCCCUGGCACAAACCAAGUACCUAUACAGGCAUAAUUCAGUUUUGAAGAUUCUGUUUUUUGAGCUCCUGUGAGAGCAUGUGUUAAUAGAAGAGGUUCCACCAUGGUACUCACCGGUGAUGCCAAAACCAGCCUACCAGAACACCACGAGUGAGGCGUUUAGGGAUAUUCCCAUCUAUGCAGAGCACAACGAAGUAAGAGCAAAUUGGAUCGACGCGCGACUUGUCAGCCACGAGAGGAAAGAAGUCUGCACAAUUGAAAUGAGCUGCCCAUGGAUUGAGAAUUGAGCCAAGAAAGAUGAGGAAAAGACCCUCAAGUACGGGCCCAUGAUGUGGUAGCUGAAGCAGAGAUGCAAUGGUUACAGGGUUGAACAGUACGUACAACGUAAUAAUUGACGUACUGGGUGGUUACUCUAAACGCCUUGAGAAGUCGGUGAGGAAGCUACUAGGCGCAAGAGCACGGAGCGUACUUGAGCGGAUGCAGAAGUCGGUCAUCUCAAACACUUUAAAUAUUUCCAGAACAUUUAAGAUAAAUACUUAGUUAGGGCGCUAAGGACUCCAGUUUUUAGGUUUUUUUUUUCUCUAGAAAUCCAGAAACACAAGUUUUCUGAUGUUUUUACUAAGAUUUUUUUAGAGUAUUAGAGUUUGAUAUUAUUCUAAAUAGGCUCUUAGUAGAGAUAACCACAUUAUGAUGGCCUCGUUUAGGUAUAUAAGAGAUAACGAGAGUAUAAAUACUGAAUAAUUUUCUAAAUAGGCUUCUAGUAGAGAUAAUUAUAUCAUCAUGUCUUUGCGUAGGUUGUUCAAAGUAUAAGAAUUUAAUAAUAUUCUAAAUUGGCUUUUUAAGUAGAAAGAUUCAUAUCAUUAUGUAUAUUACUGAUCGCGUUAGGUUUCGUACCGACCUUUUUUUACUUCUACGUAUAGCUUCUCAAGUGGCGUAGGUUACGUUAUGCGCCCUAUACGACUCAUAAUGUGGACAGCAUUCCAAAGUUUUAUACUGCGAGAUACUACUACUACUACUACUAAUAUUAAUGCUGCAAAAUUUGGUCAUCUCAAGCACUUUGAACAUUGCCAGAACAUUUAAGAUAAAUACCUAGUUAGGGCGCUAAGGACACCAGAUUUUAGGUUUUUUUUUUCUCCAGAAAUCCAGAAACACAAGUGUCGCAAAAGCUGUAUUUUACUGAUGUUUUUACUUAGAUUUUAUAGAGUAUUAGAGUUUGAUAUUAUUCUAAAUAGGAUUUUAGUAGAGAUAACCACAUUAUGAUGGCCUCUUGUAGGUAUAUAAGAGAUAAUGAGAGUAUAAAACUGAAUAAUUUUCUAAAUAGGCUUCUAGUAGAGAUAAUUAUAUCAUCAUGUAUUUUCGUAGGUUUUGACAGAGUAUAAGAAUUUAAGUAAUGGUCCAGAUAAGAAGGAAAGGACCAAAACGCAGUGAACACGUCGGAAUGCAAAAAGGUGCUAACUUUACUAUUGUCUCUACUAAGGUUCUGAUUGGUUUAAACAUCAAAUUUUACGAAAUCUUCGCAAAGCAGCAUGUAUAUUAAUCUCUUUUUUUCUAUCCAACUUCCUUAUAACAAAAUCUCGUCUGAGUCUAAGUAACACAGAAAUCGUAUGUGCGGAUCAUGUAAAAUUGUGAACAUUUCUUGGCCAUUGUUUGCAACUCUUGUGAUUGGUCGAAAUGUUUUAACACAAAAAUACACCCUUUAAAAGUGGAGUUUAAAUACAUUUUUUUUCGUAAGCAGCCUUUUUGUAGAUUUAUGCAUUCGCUGCGUAAAAAUGAAAACAUUUCUAUGUGAGGAAAGCGUAUUGCGCCACAACAAAAGAAAUUGCUUCCCUUCUUACCUGGAUCAUUACUUAAUAAUAUUCUUAAUUAUAUAGCUGUUAGUUUAUCUGAUAUUGUCAACAAAGCUAUCAUCCUUUAAUUUUUACGAACUGUCCAAUUAAGGAUUAAUUUGGAUAGUUUCAGAUAGGACUUUCUUUUGCGAAUGGGCAAACUGUCCAAUUUAAGAAAAAUAGGACAGCUAGUCUGAGCCAAUCAAAUGCCAGAAAAUACAAUAGGCAAUGCGAACUAGCCAAUCAGCGCAAAGUCCCUGUGACAACGCGCCAAAACAAGUCUCGUUCGCUGACGGCGGUUCGUUGGCGAACACUCUUCUUGGCUGCUGUUUUGUUUUGGCUUCUUGUCUGCGCCAUUUAAAAAGGAAAAUGUAUGACUUAACUGAUGAAAGUUUGUAUUGGAAACAAUCAACGAUUCUUGAAAAUGUAGAAGCGCUGAAACUUUGGACAAGAAUAAGAAAACACUGAUAGUUGUAUGAAAGAGCAACAAGCUUAGUAGUUUUACGUUUGUUUAUUUGUAAAGAAUAAGCAGUGUGUUUUUGUCUCAAAUACAAACGGGCGGGUUCGAGUGUACAAUAUUUCGCGUCUCUGACAUACUAAAAAAUCUGGAUUAACUAACCAGCUAUAUAAUUAAUAAGUAAGAGGACUACAUGCUUGUCCAAGUUGGAAAUAAUUGAAUUCAAAAAAUUCCUCUGACAGCCAAAUUGGACUCGGCCGAAUUUUGGCUGUCCUCGGAAUUUUUUUCAUCCAAUCAUUUCCAAAUUGGACAGCAUGUUUUCCUAUUACAUAUACAAAUUGGCUUUUCAAUAGAGAGAUUCAUAUUAUUAUGUAUAUUAGGAUUGUAUUAGGUUUCGUACCGAACUUUUUUUACUCCUAAGUAUAGCUUCUCACGUGUAGGUUACGUUAUGCGCCCUAUACUACUCAUAAUGUGGACAGCAUUGCAAAGUUUUAUACUGCGAGAUCAUAAUAAUAAUAAUAAAAGCCUCCCAACACACUGGUACCAACACAACAUCCUAAAGAAGCCUGAAGUGGACGUAAAAUGUAGACUGUGUGGCCGUUUCGACGAGACCAUUGACCACCUGGUCACUGUCUGCCCUGAACUGGCUAAAACUGAAUAUAUCCACCGCCACAACAAGGCGGCUGCACACAUGGACUGGAAGUUCAGCAAAGAGUUUGGCAUUGAGGUGAAGGAACGAUGAUAUGAGCAUGAACCCAAGACUGUCACCGAGAAUGACAGCGUCACUAUUCUGUGGGACAUGCAUGCCCAUCCACACUGACAGGACCAUAGCAGCUAAUAGGUCGGGCAUUGUGCUAAAGAACAAGAAGGAUAAUGACUAUACCCCUCGACACCAACACCUCCGUCCAAACCACGGAAAAGCUUACCAAAUACAAAGACUUGGAAAUUGAGGUUGAGCGAAUGUGGGGGUUCAAAACAACAACAGUCCCGGUGGCUAUGGGAGCCCUUGGCACCAUCAAGAAGGACACGGAAAACUACUCCAACAGGGUUACGACAAAGUGUCAUCUCAUGACAAGUAGAAAUAAUUGAUUUCCAUGCCUCAUCGGUCGUCUCGCGGAUAAACGAGGGCCGCGAUCCUUAGUGAGGAAACAGGCUUAGAUCGAAAAGUAUGCUACUAGAACAAUUUCUCUCCUGCAAAUACAAAAGAAGAACUGCACACCGAGGAUACUCCUCAAAGUGACCUUUGAAGUACAACAUCUGAAAACGACACAAAACGAAGAAGACAAAAUGGAACAGGGAAGAAUAUAAAGAAGCUAUGGAAGCGUACUACACUGCUCCACUGAACCCGACAGAGACAUCAACGUCCAGGGCUGCAUACAGAAUCUGGCGAGAACAACAUGCCAGUGUCAGAUUGUACCUAGACUCUAACAAACUACCAAUAACUGAGAACAGCGAGGUCACAAUACUCUGGGAUAUGCCUGUACACACCUACAGGGAGAUAAAAGCCAACAGACCUGACAUUGUGGUCAAGGACAAGAAAGAAAGAAAUAAAGUGCAUGCUCAUUGACAUAUCAGUUCCAUCUGAAAGUAACACCUCAACAAAAUUCACAGAAAGGUUGUCCAACUACAAAGAUUUGGAAAUUGAAGUCAAUAGGGUGUGGGAUAUGAAAACAGAAUCAAUACCAGUAGUCUUUUGAGCCCUAGGGCUAAUUAAGAAGGGACUAUACAAGGUCACUAUGAGAUCCACAAAUCACCAUGCUGGGAACAGCCCACAUACUAAGGAAAGUACUGUCGCUGAAGUAACUUCUUCCCCUAAACGCCCAAGGUCCACUGCUUGGAUCCAACUACAAUAGCUGAAAAGCAGGGAAACUUGACGAGAAGAUCAUCAUCAUCAUCAUCAUAAUAAUAAUAAUAAUAAUGAUAAUAAUAAUAAUAAUAAUAAUAAUAAUAAUAAUGAUACAGGCAUAACUGAGAAGAAAGAAGUGAAAAUGUUAUACUUCUUGGAACGGCUACCAUAUUGAGAAAGGUCCUUGAAGUCUAAGGUCCAGGAACGAAAGUGAAAAAUAUUUUUGUUUUAAGAACAGUGAACACCUGUGCGAAAUAGAAAUGAUGACGACGACGACGACGACGACGACGACGAUGAUCAGAUGAUGAUGAUGAUGAUGAUGAUGAUGAUAAGAAGAAUAGGAAUAAUAAUAUAGAAAUAAUAAUUAAAAAAACAAUUCCCUUCAUUGGCAGGCACGUUUUCUGAAAUCGUACCUAUGUGUAACGGUCGCCGAAGACUUCCUUUUCCAAGGUGGAGUGAUGGAAUGGAUGACACAAGUAGCCCGUUCCAUGCCUUCAGAUAGCAGGGAGACCAAUUCCCUCGAAAGUAACAGAGAUUAUUGGCAGCAUGAUAGAAAUUAUUUUAAAAAUCUUGUUCGGCUACACGUGCGACACCGGGUAAAACAAUCCCCCAAUGUUGUUUAGUUUACUCUCAAAUAAAAAGAAAAGGCUAAAUAUAGUCGCACUCAUAUGAUCGGAAAGUAUUCCAUGGUUUCCGGUCUUCAAUUUUGUUCUUUGGAGUACUGCAAGGUUUAUUUUUAUAAGAAUUUGGAACUUCACUUCACCCGCAUUGAUCUAAGAUUUUAUCUCGGACUGCAGAAGGUAAUUGCAGUUUUUAGAGUUUCCGUCCCCAAAUGGUUCUAUCAGUUGGUAACAUCGUAUUUUAAUGGUAGUAUCUGUCGUGUUUGAAAUGUCCUUUUCCCGAAAGCAGGUAAAUUAUAUGAAAAUAUAGUGUUACUUUUUUCAUGAACAGACCAAAGGGCCGCCACGUCCACGUCUUAAUAUUCGCUUCAUUGUCAUAUUUCGGACUCAUUUGUAGAAGUAGCAUUUUAACCAAUUCAAUUUAUCUUGUAGGGUGCAACUGGUAAGGAUAAAAAAGAAGCAAAUACAGCCGUCCCGACUGACUUAAACGUCGACUUCAAUUUGCCACCAGAAGAAUUUACCGAUCAUCUUUGUCAACUUUUGGAAGGCUUAAACCUUCCAAGUGAUGCAAAAGAAGUUGAACAGAACAUGAUCCUUGAUCUGUGGGACUUCGCUGGUCAACAUCUUUACUAUGCUUCGUAUCCUGUGUUCUUGUCAUCACGAGCCCUUUAUAUGCUUGUUUAUGAUCUCAGCAAAGAUUUAAAGGACACUGCUCAGCCUUCUUUCAAACAAGGAAUUGGAGAAAUUCCUGAAAGUAACCCAAAUAAGGAAACAAAUUUGGACAAUUUUCUGACGUGGCUGGUUUCUUUAAGUACUAUGUGCUCACCUAAACCAGAGGAGAACCAUCAGGAAACAAAAGCGAAAGAUCUACCCUACUGUCGCCCUCCAGUAUUCAUUGUCGGAACACACGCAGAUAAACCACAUCAAGACAUCAAGGAAGUUGAAUCGCAGAUCAAACAUGAAAUUUCUGGAAAGGACUAUGAAUGUCAUGUGAUUCGUCCUUUCUUUUCAGUCGAUAAUACCCAAGGUUCAUCUGAUGAGGGAGUGGUCGCACUUCAGAAGAAAAUGAUUGAAAUUUUGAACGAAGAACCAUAUAUGGGAGAAGAGGUACCAAUUCGGUAAGUUUUUUUCAGUCAAGAAUAACUGCGGAAGAAAAGAUCCGCUCUUCACCUAUUUCAGAUGAUAUUUAACAAUUAUUCGCCGAAGGCGAAGUUAAUAUUGUUGAAUAAUCCCCGAGAUGAAGUCGAGGGGAUUGUUCAACAAUAUUAACUGAGCCUGAGGUGAAUAAUUGUUUUAGUUUAUUCACACGAAGUGAUCUCAACAGAAUCAGAAAGGAAACCAUUAAAAUUGAUUAGUUUGAUUGACGGGUGAAUUCAUGCGUGAACACGAAGCUGUUAACAGUGGAUGCGCAAAAGUUAGAUCUUUACAGUACCUUCAAACAUGGCAAAUGAUAGUCUUAAUAUUUUUGUAUCGCGUUUUGUAAGCUUUAGCAUCAACGGUUUAAAAGAAUACGCCGAAAAUUUAAAUUACUACCCAAUUCUGAGAAGAAAAGAAGAGCUUUAUUUGUUUCUGUCAACUCACCGUGAAUGAGAAAGUUUUCUUUGUUGCUUCUUGCAAAUGCUGUCAACAGCGGCUACGAUCAAGGUGAGGGUUGUUUAUCUCCAAAGUUCCUUGCCUUGUUAACUUGUUGCUGGCACGGACAAUUUGCGAAAAUAUUUGCCUUCCUCUUUUCUCCAUAAUUUAACUUCUAUUUAUAGCCAAAAUUGGUCUUGCGAGAAAAUCCCGAAAUCACAAAACAGUGACAAAGCGACCUCGUUUUCCUCUGUAGUGGUAAACAUAGCUUCGAGCGUACAAAAAGUCAGCUACAGUAAACCAAUUGACAAUAAAUCACGCUGUUUAAACACCAUGAAGUCUUUUCUUGCCUUCAAAGUCAUCAGCACUUGGAUAUUCGUUUAUUUUCAACAAGGCUUUACUAUGAAACUUUGGCAAAACACCCAGUUCACGACAGCGAUUUUGUUCUGCUUUAUAUUCACUGCCUAGCGCGGUGAAUAUGAGAUUGCUUGAAUUACCAAGAUCACUGAGUGUGUAUAUACUAAAAAUAAGACAAUACAUUAAGGAGAGGAAGUCUUGUUCAAUAAACUUUGAUCAACUUUCCUGGUUCCAAAGCGGAUAAUGGUCGGUCGCUCCGCCGGCUACACAAAAAGGUGUGAUCUACAGGAUUCCCGUAGGAAAAUUAAACAAGGAGAAACAUCGUCGAAACAGGGAGAUCUAUUACAGGAGUUACUUACACAGAACGAUAGGAAUAUUGCGGAUCUUACCGUAUACAGGCAUUCACUGUUGCUGAUGCAGCUGAUGUCGCUCAACACAGAGACCAUUAUCCACUUUGAAGCGAGGUUAGACCAGGUUAAGUUUGUUAAUCGAGACUCUCACUAGUAAUCCCAUUCAAUCAAGGAAACUAUCCUCAUAAGACGUCAACCUAAACUGACAUUACUGAAUAGGCUUGCGCAAUCGAACAUUUUGAUACGUGGCUGUCUAAGGUUAUGCCAAUACAGCAGGUCACGAUAGGACAAUGGUACACCAACUGGAACCGGCCAAGGGAUCAACAUGUGAUUCUCAUAUGAAUAGUAUUAGGGAUUGAAAUGCACCAACUGAAAGCCGACAAUUGGAAUACGAAAGAGACUACAUGGUCACUCGACCUCAUCUCCUUAAGAAUACCAGCAGAAAGCAGUCGAAAUCGCGACCUUUAUCUCUAGCGACUAAGCGGCUGUAAGAGCUUACUUGACUCGUAGGCAAAAAUUCGACUGAGGUAGGGUAAGGUCAGGUUGGGGAGGGAACCGUGAAACCACGCAAGUAAACUUAACGACUCAUAUAACAAGAAGUAAGUAAGUAAGUAAGUAUCAAGCUUUAUUCACGGUAUCUCUUCAUUAAAAAUGCUCUUCCAGUGAGCCGUUUACAUAACAGAUUUUAAGAGAAAACUACACUAAUGCUAAAAUAUCUAUAUCAUAAGAAAAAUAUCUAUAUCAUAAGAAAACUAUCCUAUAAUUAAUUAGUAAAAUACACAAAAAUCAACUUAAAAUGUACAUUAUAUUACUAAAAUAGGUUCUAUCUCAACUCCCUCAAGGCAAAGACAGGGCAGACUUAAAAGAGUUGAGAUUUAUCUCGUCUUUAAGCACAUUUUUCAGGCCAUUCCAUCCAUUCCAUGUGACUGCCCCCAAUAGGUACAAAAACAUUGUUCGAGGCACCUCGUACGUUGUAGGAAUGAACCCUAGAGGUCGGUUUGAACAUGUUCUUUAAACUCUCAGGGUCAAGGUUAUUUAGAGAUUUAAAAACAGUCACUUACUGCGAGCUGCUUGGGGCGUCUUUGCUCAAGCGUAUCCCAUCCUAGGUCUUAGAGAAUAUCCGCAGAUCUUGUAUUAUAAUCACUAAAUGUUAUAAUUCUCCAGCCCUAUUUUGCAAUCUCUGAAGUCUGUCACAUAGGCCUAUUCCCAUACAUCCCCAAACUUCGGAGCAAUGAUUAAAAUAAGGAACGACUAAAGCCUCAUACAUUCUCAGUAGGGUUUGGCAAGGCACCAGGGAACGAAUACGUAUUAAGGCACCGAUACUUGCAGAUACCUUAUGGUAUCUACUUAGGAUUGCCAUCCCAAAGCCUCGUCUACCUCUAUUCCCAGAUAUCUACAGUUAGUCACCCGAGUCAAUUGUUGACUAUUAACAGUAACGUUUAAGUCACCAUUUAAAUGCCUUAGUCGGUGGUGGCUUCCAAUAAUCAUAUAUUUUGUCUUUUUGACAAUUAAUGUGAGUUUAUUGAAUUUCAGCCACUUUUGAACCUCAUCCAAGUCUUUGUUUAACUUUUCUUCAAGAGUUGUGGGGUCAUAAGCGGAAAGGGUAAGCGAGGUGUCAUCAGCAUACAUGACUGCAGAUGAUGACAGCUCGCAUUCUUGUGGGUCAUUUAGAUAAAUAAGAAACAACAAGGGUCCAAGUACAGAACCUUGUGGGCCCCACAACAAAUAGGAAGAUAGUCUGAUAGAGUGCCAUUUACAUAAGUACUCUGAAAGCGAUUUGAUAGGUAUGAUUUGAACCACUGAACUGCAUGCGAGUGGAGCCCAUAAAGUUGCAGUUUUUUCAACAAUAUGUUGUGGUCAACCGUAUCAAAGGCUUUUCCACUCGUCUGAAAAAUUCCCACACCUAAUGGAUAGGUUAAUAAAAGUAUGGUUGAGAGAAGGCACGAUUCCAGGACAAGCUUCUUUUAAAUGCCUUGCAGAAAUACCAUCCAGGCCCGUAGCCUUGUCGACUCGAAGAGAACUCACUAAACGGUGGACAACUCCGCAGUGCGUCUCAUUCCGCGUAUAGCUAGAAUCUGAUGGCGUAUAAUGUAGUCGGCCUCAAAACAAACACUAGUUUUGGGAAUACUUUCGGCUAACCUAGGCCCAAUGAGAGUAAAUUGAUAAUUAAGAGCAUUAGAGAUUUCUAAUGGGGUAGUACAUGAGUUAUCUCCAACAUCUAUUCUGUUUAUUUCAGUUGUUGGUAAAUUUCUAACCAACAUUGAAUUUACUCCUUUCCAUAAUUUCUUAAUAUCCCGUAGAUUUGUUUCGAAAUACCUCUUAUAGUAGUUAGUUUUUGCUUUCCUGAUAUUAGCAUUUACAUUGUUUCGAGCAAUCUUAUACUCAGUUCAAAUAUGAGCAUCUGAAUUGUUGAUAAUUGUAGCCCUUUUCAGUUUGCCCCUCUCAAACAUCAACCUUUUUGUCUCUGGUGUUAGCCAGGGAGCAGAGUUAUUUCUUACUUUCCUUUUACGGAAGUCAAGACCAAAUUUCCCAGGCACGAUUUGGAUUUGGAUUAUCUUCCAGAUGAACUAGGAUCCAAAGUGCUAGGUUAAGGUCAGCGUGGAAUGCAUUAGCAUCAAAAUUCCUAAAUUGUCGCGACUCCACAAUCUGUGGUUUCCCUUUGGAAACCCAAAAUUUUUUAAUUCCAUAGAUAAAAGAGUGGUCACUUAUUCCCGAUGUGACAGACCCCAGAAUGCGUAAAUAUUUCCUUGUUAUUUGUUAGCAAUAAAUUCAAAAUUUCUCGCUGUGUCUACAUUAGCACGUAGGGGUCUAUACCACGUACUCACAAUAAAAGGUUUAGCCUUGGGUUUAAUUACCUUAAUACCAAUCCACUCGAGGCUUUCGUACUCGAUAUCAAAGAAAGGUUCAUAAUUGAUAAUAUUCCGGAUAUAAAGGGCGUCUCUGUUUCUAUCAUUUCUCUCCAGGGCAUAGCCUGGUACUGUAACUUCGCCACUAGAUAUAGUAUCAUCGAGACGAGUUUCAUUAACCGCAAGAAUAUCAAUACGUUUCGUAUUCAUAUAAAUCCGCAAUUCCUCGAUAUGGUCGGGAAUAUGAGGUUAAGGGCAGCUAACUUAAAACCCCUAUUUUUGGAUAAUUCACUUGGCAGAUCAGCAUUGAACGGAGACGAGCCGUAUGUGAAAUGACCCUCUGAGUCUAACUUCCCGACGAGGUCCGAAUUAUCUUGCUCAGAGUUUGUGCUAGCAACCAAAGAGGGUUCUGCUUUCGCUUGUGUUUUCCUGCUUUGAUCUUUGCUUUCAAUGCCUUUCUUAUAACAUUCGAGGCUAGAAUUUUCACGCCAUCACCAUUCAAGUGGAUACCUUUGCUCUUUAGAUGUUUAAUUUUUAUGCGGGCAAUCAAUAAACAACUAGCCCCUGGAGUCGCAGACAGCUUGCAUCGUGUGAUUUAUAUGCAUAAGCUUCUCAUUUGCAUGUUCAUCUCUCUGGCUUAUUAACCCCGAAACUGAUACCUUGAUCGAAGGUCUAAUUUUAAUCGCUUCCUCUGCUAUUUCAGUUAGACCUUAAUUAAGGCCGAGGCUUGUAAUGCUGAGUUGAGGUAAUUAUGGUUUAAACUACUUUUUUUAGCUUUUUGUUUUUACAUUUGGUUUGCAGAUGGUUUAACUUUGAAAAGGUUGUCCAAGCAUUGACUGCCAAGAACGUGAAUUACCUGAACGUUGAAGAUCUUAAAGAUAUUGUCGAGAAAGUUUGUUUCAUUAAAGACAAGGUUGAGGCGGCCACAAUGUUGAAUUUCUAUCAUGACCUCGGCAUAAUUGUCAGACACCGGAACACAGUUGUACUUCGGGCUCAAUGGCUAAUUGACGUCUUCAAGCAACUCAUAACUAUUAGUCCCUUUGAUGCCAGGGUAAGAAAACCAAAUUUAAGAAAUAUAACUGUCUGUAGUUUAACCUAAUGCGUUUUUGACUUGUCUUAACCUAACUCGCCUUUCUUAAAUUUAACAUCGUUCGUCUCAAUGAGUUUACCGCAGAUGUUUUUACAUUUGGUUUACAGUCGUAUGAAAAUUUAAUACGACAUAGCUUUUUGGUGAGUAUUUCUCAGUGCAGUGGAACCUCUAAUACGGACACUGAAGGGACAAAGCGAAGUGUUCGUAUUAGAGAGGUGCCCACAUAAAAGAGGUCACUACGAUGACGUCACUUUUAUGAUUCCACUUACAGUUUUAAGUGUCCAGUAGCUAAAACCAGGCUCACGCUAAAAAAACUGCAUUUAAAUUUAUCAAUUCACCGUACAAAGACACUUUCAGUAGCAUACAACAUAUACAUCUCAGCUACAGACAAAUUACUGGCUUAAAACGAAACGAGCUACAGCGCAAUGCUGCGUGUAAAAAGUUGUAAGUAAACGUAAAACACAAUUCUGAAAGUGUCUUUCGCUAGUUUGCAAGUGCAGUAAACAGUAACUAGAGUACAAAAUGUAAUAGAAAAGAUCUUCAUGCUAUCUGUAGUUAUUCAAUCCUUAAAAAAGUCGUUUAUGUUCCUCUGUAGCGACUGGGCUUUUGAAAUCACCUUGCAUAUAUAGCUCACCAGCCAGACUAGAUAGGAUUCAGCCCGUGCAGAUUUACCUGAUCGGGAUUUGGGAUUCACCUGAACACCGCAAUGUCCGUAAUAAAGAAGUUUAGAUUACCUGAAUUUACUCUCUGGGGCCGAGAUUUAGUGUCCGUUGUCCGUAUUAGAGAGAGUCCGUAUUAAAGAAAAUAUGUCAGAAUUUUAUCCGGGCAUUGGAAACUGCCCGUAAUAGGGAGGUGUCCGUACCGAAAGGCUCGACUGUAUGUAUAUAAUAAGAUGUUUUUUCAUCUGUAAGAAAAAUGAUACGUCCAAUCAGAAGUCACAGAGGUGUGUGAGUUUCGAGCCAAAAUUCCCGCCUUUUAUAGGCGCCGCCCCUUGCAGCGGCGCUUCGCAGACAUUCAACGAGAAAAAGUUUUUCUCGAAGAGUUUUUCUUGUAAAAAAGUGAGAAACAUCUCGGAAAUUGGAGUGGAAUAGUUUCGUUUGGUUCACUGUCGAUUAAGAAAACUGCAGAGAGCCGGCAAAACAACAGCGGAAGGGGAAAAACAGUACUAGUCGUAAGCUUAAGUUGUCAUAAGCCGUGCUUGUAUCGGAGCUAAUUGUCCUUUAUUUAUAUUCAAACCGACCAUUUUAUCUAAAUUCAUUCAUUUUCAUGUGCAUUCAGAACAAAUUCGUUACCCCCAUUAUAUUUUUUAAAAAGCGUUGUUACUAAUAGGCUAAUACUUGCGGUGUGUAGCGGCAAAUUUUAGCAUUUUGGAAAGAUUUGAAAUGAAAAGCUGCCAAAUUGAUGACUGUCUCAGUAUGUACACAUGAAUAUACACAAUACCACAUGGAAAGUGCUUCGUACGGUAUUUACGCACUCGUUGUUCUUGUAUCAGAAAUCGAACGUAAAAUACCGUACACCCGCACUUUCCAUGAAGUAUUCUCUAUAUUAUAGCUAUGUUAUAAUGAUUGGUGUUCACACGAACUGACCACCUCCCUCAAGGUUAGUGAGUUUCCAUCAGAAGCAUUGUUGGCAUCAGAUUAAAAGAAGAAAAUGUUCCUUCAGCGGUCCGCUGUGUUACCGAUCGGCUGCUGCGUUGUCUUAUCGUAGGUACCCUAGGUGCCCGAGGCAUUUUGAUUUUCUUCUAUUCCUUAUAAAUCGCGACGAAGCCGUGACAGCGAGGCGCCAAAGGCCGAGAGAAAAAAGUGAGGUUCAUCUCGCGUGUGUGUAGCCUGCGUGGAAGGCGUUUGUAAAGAAAGGGGAAGGGGAUUCCGGUCGCUCGAGAAGCGCGAAAGGCGCUUGAUGGGGAGGAUCUUGCGCCCAGAUUCCCUUCCCCUUCCCUUUCCAACGUCUGCCACGCACGUUAUCUCGGAAGCUUUAUCAAACCAGGGGCACGGUUUAUCCUAGGUAUUUCGAGAACAGAACUCUGGAGCCAGGGUAUAGAUCGUAGGCAACCAUGCUUCAGAAAUCUCUAUUCCGCUGUGCCCGUUGAUGUUGUUGAUUUGAAGUCUUAUGUUAAUAGCUUCUUUAACCCUAUACGUGAGUACUGAUGAGGUUUUCCUUCAAUAGUCAAGACUAACCUCGUCCCAAAGGGGAUAAUGCCUGGUCUUACUGGCGUGUUCAGAGACGGCUGAGCUUGAGUUAGUGAAAUCUAGUAUAUCCCUUUCAUGCUCCUCAAUUCGUUCCUCAAUGCCUCUGCUCGUUUUGCCUAUGUACGUUUUCGCAUUUGCAAGAAAUCUUAUACACUACUCCAUCUUGUUUUCGUGGAUCACACAGCAUUCUUUUUAAUAGUUCACACCGAGUUUGAUGUAAGUGAUGCCGUGUCGGAUUUGAAAUACACAGGUUGUCGUGCCAUGCUGUUGUAGGCCAUGACGACCAAGAGGUUCUGAUAACCCUUUAAUGGGCAUAACCGCUGUGGAAUUAAUUUCGGUUGCGGGUUCUUUGUCAGAUGCGUGGUAGAGGAUUUCAUUUUAUCAAUUACAAACGAAUAGGGGUAUCCUGAAGGUUACCAGAUACCUUCAGAUGGAAAAAUUUGUUAAAACUAUAAUUCUUGGCUCAUAGUAAGGUUUUAGUGUGAUCCUUAUGAGAAAGAAAGAAAAAACGGAAAAGAGUAAAUAUUGGCGGAGAAAUUAAGGUGAUUCGCUAUAUAAGUAGCCUGCGUAUCAUGCGUCGAAAGGGGGAUGGGGAGGAAGGGAGGGCUUUCGAACUUUUCUCCCUCUCUCCUCCCCCUCCCCCUUUUUGCGCCUGCCAAGCAGGCUACUAUAUAAGUCUACCUGGAGUUAUGAAAACCGGGUUAGCAAACAUUUUGUAAUUUUUCUCAACUUCCCCUGUCUAAUAGCUUGACAUAUGUUCAUGUUGCUUGUUUAUGUCGUUUUUUUUUUUUGCUUGUUUUGUGGUUAGGGAUUUGUGUGGAAGUGGAUGUAGACAGAAUUACUAUCUACCCACAAUUCUUUCUUUAACACAAGUGACAGUUAUUUGAAAUCAGCUUGCGCUUAAAGCUGGUUUCGGUGCCGUUUAGCAGUUUAGUUUUAUAUAUUGGUUACCUUGGGAAAAGUUUCCCGGAGAGCAUCAUGUAAAGCUCUGAGAUGGGACAAAGGCAUUACGAUUCGCAGAGACUGCAUCGUCCAAUAUGGUAUCAUAUUUUCGUUUCAUUUGGCUAAACGGAUCAAUCACCCUUAUCCGGGCUGAGACAGAAAGGUACCAUAUUGUUCGCUUUUCUAAGGUGACCACUAAGUCUUUGGCCUCGGGAACAGGCUCUUAGGAGUCAAAUGAAUGAAGUGAGAGCAAAAUUGCCAGUGAACUUUGACCCGGGCCAAGACUUUUUCUGGUGUGAAAACAAGACUAAGGUGAUCCGCCUACCGUCUGACUCUACAUCCGGGAACUUGAAUAAGACGAGUGUAACAGAAAAGUCCAGAGGUGUUUAUCUGGUAAUGGGCUGAAUUUUUCCGAGUUAUUUGAUGAUAUUUCGCUUAUGUUAAACGUGAGAAGAUUUUGCGUGUUUGUGGAUAGUCUUAUCAGUGCCUCGAAAGUGUGUGAUUGUGUGAUUUCCGCAUGGUGUUGACAGGUAUGUGAUGGCGUGGUUGAACUGCGGUUUCGCCAAAAUAUUCUCUGCCAGCCAUUAAUAUUGUUUCGUAGGUGUUUAGCUUAGCUGAUUGUACCUUGGAAAAGCAACUCUCGACUCAGAAAAAUUGGAUCUACAAUAGGUCUAGUUUCAGCGGGCUCUAAUGGCAUUGCACCAUAGGCCGGUUUUUGCAGAUAAGAAGGUGAUAAUUUGUGCACUAUGUUCCAUUCAGUUUGUUGUCUAUUCCAUGCGGAAUCCUGUUGUUUUUCGGACCGCGAAAAGAGUAGUGUUUUGCUAACUAUUUAAGAUGUCAUGUAAGCCUUAACCAGGCACUCUUUCGCUGCAGUUCACUCUCAACUUUAAAAUUUCUGGACUGAAAUGACACCGGUUUGAAACUUCGCGAAGUCAGUUUACUGAAUAAAUCUUCUAAAAUUUGCGUCACUUUAAAUUUGGACUCGUUGGAAUGCUUCUAGGAACCAUUAACUUACUGCCCGGCGUCAGAUAAAGGCUUUUAAUCGGCCUUUGAAUGAGUUUUGUUGUUUUAAAUUACCAAGUAGUAGAAUGAGUUGAUAUUUUUGCUAACCCGGUUUUCAAAAAUCCAGGUAUAAGUAAAAGUUACUCCUUUGAUUAACAUCCCAACGGUGUUUUGAUUGUUUUUUUUAUUAUUAUUAUUCAAUAGUCAUUUCUUUACCCAACACAUCUUACAGUUACAAAGUUUAUGCUAAAAGAAAGUAUAUAACAAUAUUACAGAAUGGACCAAAUUACAUAAGAGCGAAAAAGAAUAAUACAACAGUUUUAAUAAUUCACACGAUAGCAUUAGACCUGUUAAUUAACAGAUUAUUCCGGUAUUAAGUUGAUACCCUGCGAACAGAGUCUUUGGGUGGGGGGGGGGGGGUUGGGGUACUUCCUUAUAAGAGGCUAAUGGGGAUGUGCCGCUGGAUGGGGUCGCAUUUUCACAACAGGACUGAUUAUAAUGGGGUCUCAUCUUCAAAAGAAUUACUAGAAUGGGGUCGCACAGUUUCGGAUUUUUCGAGGAAGACAGUUCUUCAUAUUCACGGUUAGCAAACGUACCAGAAUGUUUGUAAUGUAGGUGAAAAAUAAAGCUUUCUUCAUUCAAUAUAAGGUAGAUACAUAAAUAGAAAGUGACUACGUUGGGAUCGCGAAAAUUACAUAUUUGCCCAAAAGUGACUAAGAUGGGGUCUAUGAUUGGCCACAGAAUAUACUAUAAUGGGGUAGCGGCUCUGAGAGACCAGCGGCACAUACCCAGCAAAAUCAACCCAAGUACUCCCCUCCUCCCCCGCGAAGAGUCCACUUUGAUCUUCCUAGAUACGUCGCCCUAACAAAGAUCGAAGCGACCCUGCCAGUAGGGUAGUAAGUUGAAUUCUUUGUAACUAAUUGAAGAAAGAGGUUUUCGAAAUCAUACCUCCAACUGAUCAAAGCUUUAAAAUUCAUGUAAAGAUAAUUAUUUUAGCCUGGGACCAGGCUCCGCAGUGGAGGAAAAAGGCAAAACACGGGGUCAAUUAAAACAGGAAAAAAAAAACGGCGAGCGAAGCGAGCCCAGCGGUGGCCUGGUUCUCCUCCCCAGACUAGUCUCACCCCACUUCGCUCGCCGAUUUUUUUUUCGCCCACGCCUAUUUCUUUCCUUUUUCCCCCAAUGCGGAGCCUGGUCCCAGGCUAUAAUUUUUUAGGUGUUUGCUUAUUUGUGUACAAGUAAUAUUUACAAAACAAAAGAGUAAAAUCGAGCUUUUUGACAAUUUCCGAUGAGCUUUGAUUCUUGCUAUCAUUAUUAAGACUGAAGAUUAAUUCACUUGAGGAUAUCGCAAAUUAAAGGAGGUGGCAUUUUCGUCGUUGAACCAUUUGAUUACUUCUGGAAAAAAAAAUUACCUGGUCCAGUGUCAGUUACAGAAAGUAUGGAUUACUGAAUCAUUUUGAUUGCCGUAUGGUCAUAGCGCAUUUUCUACCAUACCAUAUGUGAACAGUUCUCUUUUAGUGACGACAAUUCUAUGUCAGGAGCUUUAAGUACAAUUCUCUUAGUUUGUUAUCUCUGCAAAUAUUUUUCACACCAGAGAAAUGAUGUUUUGCAAGUAUUAUUUCUGAUAGGAGGCCCCUUUCUUAUUUCACGUUUAGUGUUUAUUUCAUGUUGAUCUUUAUUAAUCAAAAGCCAGUAGUAGUUUCUAUUUUUCAUUUUAAAGGGGCUAUGUCAGUUGGAGAGCAUGCGUAAGGUUAUGCAAAUUACUUUCAACUGUCAAAGCACUUCCAAGGCUCCGAAAUUUACAGACACGUUUAUGAGCGAAUUGGGUUGGAUAAGGGAUAUUUUGAUAGGAUUUACGUAACGUUUCUUCUCUGCAUGGAUAUGCUAGAUCAAUUUCCCUCAAUUUCUUCGGCAAAUUUACUUGUAAAUUUGAAGUAAAAACGCAUGCCAUUCAUAAAAAUAGAACGCAAACAAAAAAAUCAACAUCAACAAAAUAAGUCAAAGUUUUAUUUUAUAAACGACCUACAAAAGACUCUAGACCAAUGAUAAAGACCAAGACUGUUUCAAAUCAUUAACAAUUAGACUUGCCUGUCGCUACUGAUUUAGCCUGUACACAGACGUUGACUCAUUUUUUCUUUUCGAUCGUUGUUUCAUUAGCGCGCGAGUGAAUCUAGUGCGCGAGGAAGAAUCUUGCCCCACCCCUACCCCCUUGCGCUGACGGUCAAUAAUUCCCCCUGGUUUUUAUUUUUAUCACAUGCGCUUGACGGACUUUUAAGAAAAAACAGAUGAUUUGUGAACAAGUUACUACUGAUUUUAUAAUUUUGAUGCUGACAGAACAAAAGAGACGCUGUUUUUGAUGUCUUUAAUUGUUUUGAUCUUAGGGAAACAGACAUCGAUCGCGCAAAACUGUUCAAUCCUGCGGGACUAGGCAAGGCUUGAACGGAGGUUAUAUUGCUAGUUACCCGUUACCAGUUACCAGUAUUUUAGCCGCGCCGAUUCUCAGAUCUGCCACACGAAUAGAGAUUGGGCUGCCUGUGAGUGGCAACCUUAACAUACAACUGUUUAUUAUCAGAGUGGCCUUUUCUAAGGGAUGCGGUUUGUCAUGCAUAACUGAGAGCCCAACUAGUAUUCCAAAGAUUAAAGCAAUUAUUAACCUUCAUCGCAUUUCCAUUUGUGUAGUUGUGUGCCAUGGGCAAUAAAAGUGAUCUGAAAAUAGAACUUGCGUGACACUGGCAUACCUCUGCAGCUUGUUUAUGACAUAACUGCAUUUCAUCAAAAAUUUCAUUAAAUCCACAAAAAGUAAUAAACAUCCGUUCUGAAUCGCUGGUUACCUCUUUCAAAUAUAACUCUAAAUAUGAAGAUCUAGUUAAAAAAUUUUUCUGAGCAUGUAGAGGUAAGGACUUGUUACUACUACAUCAUGACCAGAUAGAUAACUCUUGCAAUCUUUUUCACUUAAGAUAUGGGUGGCAAGGUAAAUAUUAGGUAAAUAUGUCAAGAUUGCUAGUAAACUUGAAGACGUCGCAUUAGUGUAUCACCUUUUUCUUUUUGUUAUUAGGCUUUAAGCGGAUAUUUUUAACCCGAUAGAAGGUCAGAACUAUCAUCAGACAACUCUUCCACGCUGGCUACCGCCAUUGUUGGCAGCAAUUCAAAUCGCGCUUCUGUGACUCAGCGCGUGACGUAUGAUCAUAGCUCUGCGCUGAUUGGACAUUACUGAGAAGGCGUGAAAAAUAUUCCGCGAAAGCUAUUUCUAUAAAUAUUUUUUGUCGGAAAGGUUGACUCCAAGGGCUUAUAUGGGAGAUGGAGGCUCCAAGUAAUCGGCUCGUAUCUGUUGAUGUCAUAUAUUGCAUUUAUCUUUCCUCUCAGUUUAUACGGGGACAUAUAUUUCCGGGACCUUUCUCUUUUGAAGUACAGUUGACUCCCGAUAACUCGAACCUUUUGGGGAAAUCGAAAAAGGUCCUAGUUAUCGGGAGUUCGAAGCAAAUAACCGAAAAUAAGGAAAUUAGGAAAUGGGAUAGUAACUGGGAAUCAGGAGGAAUGCAAGUAUUAUGCACACUUCACUUCAACUGUUUCUUCUCCUUCUCCUCCUCCUUCUUCAGUGCUUCUUUUUUCUUCCUUUUUAUCGACUGGUCACACGCUUAAAACGUGGAUUGAGUUAUCGAAAGUAAAAUUAUAUAGAAAUGCCUUGAAGGCAAACAAAAAAUACUUGGAGUUGGUUGGAGUUAUGGAGGAUGCGAUCGAGUUACCUAGGGUAAAAUUAUAGUAAAUGUACAUGUAUGAAGAUCCAGGGGAAAUGGAUUUUGGUUCGAGGUUCGAGUUAUCGGGAGUCGACGGUAUCCCGGCUACAUAGCCUGAGUAUCAGGCGUUUCAUCGUGUCUUACACUUAAAUUUGCCCCUUAUUUCGUAGUAGCACUCAAGAAAAAGAUUAAGAUCCUUGGAUCGUUAAUAGGUGUAAAGCAUUAGUUUUUACUUAUGGCUAAAAAAACGGCUUCUUUCGGUUUUUGUUAGGAACCAAAAUAUUCCAAGAUGUGGAAAGAAAUGGAUGAGAGCGGCCUCCUCAACAAGGAGCUUGUCGAUCGUGUGUUCUCCAAGUUUCGCCAGCAGGGCCUGAUCAAGGAAGAUAUCCUGAAUAUGAUGGAGCAGUUUGGAUUGAUCGCCAAGUUUAUCUCCUCACCAACAAAUGCAAUGUACUUUGUACCCUGUCAACUGAAGACGCCGCCUGACGCCUUUGGUGAAAUGGAGCCAUCACCGUCAGAUCCAUGUCCAUUGUACCUGAAUUUUCUGGGGGGUUUCGUUCCUCACGGUUUCUUCUGGCAGCUUGUGUCACGAUGCAUCAGAUGGUGUUCUACGAAUGGAUUCACCCAGCCACCUAAAUUGUUUCUUUCGGCUUCUCGGUUUUACGUAGAUAAAGAUUCUAUUCAUCACUUGAUUUUUUUGUGCCAAAAGAGAUUCAUUAAGAUCUUGUUGACGCCAUCAAAGCCAGCCAACGAUGGAGCAUUAGUUGCCAAGGCAAGGGAAGUGCGAACGUUUCUGGAAGAAGCGGUAAAGAACCUUAGUAAUGAGCUUCCUUGGUUAAGCAACUUGAAGUGGGAUUUUUGUGUUGCAUGUUCUGACUCUCUGCACGAGAAAAAGAAGUGUUCUAAACAGGCUACCGUUUCCUGUCACUGCGAAGAUUGCCUGUGCCUUAUAAAAAUCCUCGACAAAGGACAACUCAGCCAUUGUCCAAGAAGCGACCGUGUACCUACGGUUAUUGGACUGGAAAAAUGGUUUGCAGCAAAAGGUGAGAUCACUUAA